UAAGCGAGCGGGUUCUAUAUUAAACUGGUCCGGUCACGGGUCGGUUCGGUUCUCUAUCGUUCAGUCGCUGGACUGUCUCCGGACGGCCGGAUCCGUUCGUUUUCUUUUCUUUUUUUUUUUCCCCCCCCGAUCCCGAGAGAGGCCCGAGGUCGUGUCGUGGCUCGAUCGGUAUCGAUCGGUGGCCCCCGCGCUCUCUCGCUCGUGAAUCGAUCGUGGGUACGGACGAUGAGCGGUCGCCGAUCGUGCGGUACGCGAUCUCCUUGAAGGCGAAGGAAAGGAGAGAGAGUAGGAAGCGAUCGAGGUUCGAGGUGGACGGGGAACGAAGCGCGACUGAAUGCUCGAUCGGCCAUCGACGAGCCGAAGGAGAGAACCAGGACUCGAGGAGGGAUUCCUGGCGAUCGACUCGCCGCGUCAGCAAGUGGUUCCCGGAGUGCGCGCGCCCACCUAUAAAACGGUCAAGCCCAAGCUGACUUUGACUUCGCUGCAAUACCCACGGGGUUACUAUCGAACGAACAUCACCGUUGGACGUCCACCGCUUCCGGGUGGAUGGGACACCAAGGAUGGCGCGACGCUUCCCGGUCCCCAUUGCCUGAAACACCACGCCGCCCUUUACAAGGAUGGAGUCAUCCUUACCAGCUCCUGUUUGCAGAUCUGGCCAACGUGGAUGUACGAUUUGAGGAGACAAUUAGGAAGACUUCCGAUAGGGAGUUUAAUGAUCCCGGGCACGCAUAAUUCCGGAUGUUACAAGCACGGCGACCUGACGAGACGAGACGCGUUUCAAAGGUACCUGUUGACGCAGGAUCGCGACGUGUGGACGCAAUUAGUGCACGGCAUAAGGUAUCUCGACAUCAGAGUCGGUUAUUAUCCGUCAAUUCCCAACGGCACGGCCAUCGAGGAGGGCAAUCACAUAAGCAGAUUCUGGAUCAAUCAUGAUGUCAUCCGGAUCACCCCCCUCUCGGCCAUCAUCAAAGACGUGAGAAACUUUCUGAACGUCGCUAGGGGAGAGGUGGUCAUCAUGGACUUUCAUAGAUUUCCCGUGGGAUUCGAAGAUAGACCUAGCAGGCAUCGUCGAUUGGCCAUGAUCCUUUUACGAGAAUUCGAAGGACUGAUUCUGAAACCAGAUAGAGGGGUCGAAGGUCUGGGUCCGACCUUAAACGAUAUUUGGACCGGGGGGAAACGCUUGAUAAUUUGCUACGGCGAUAAGCAUACCGUUAAUGAAUACGAUUGGCUUUGGCCAACGAUGUCUCAAGCCUGGGGUAACCAACAGACGGUGGAAGGACUGUUCAAAUACCUGGACAAAGUCAUCAUGGGUCCAAAGAAGUCUCGGAACAGUCAAAAUCCGUUGUGGGCGGUGAUGGCGGAGUUAACACCUUAUCCGUUGGACAUAAUCUUCAAUUUAUCCGGCGGGUUGCGGCAGAUGGCCGACUCGGUGAACAGGAAUCUCACGUACAAGUUCCAGGAGGAGUGGUGGAAGGAGACGAACAUCGUCGCGACGGAUUUCUUCCUUGGAAAUAAUCUGAUCGACGUGUCGAUACAGUCGAACAUAAAGAAGAGUAACAUCGCCCAGUGGCGUUUGUAACGUGACAUUAAAUAUCGCAUAAUCUACCAAAGAUUUCACUUUAAUUAGCUACUUUGCCGAUGGGAGAAAAUCGGUGUGGAUCGUUUGAAGUUUGCCGAACUUUUUUUCUCUAGGAACGAAAUAUUACGAAAUGCCGAGAAGUUCGGGGUAAUAAAAUUGACAAUAAUUAUUUUUCUCUUUUUUCCUUCUUCUUCUUUUAAAUAAUUAUAAAUUACCGAUUAAUCGUUUCUUAGUAGAUCGAUUUUUAUCGAUCGACCGUGAUAAAGAAUCUUAGGAUAAUUGAUGUAACAGAUAUGUAAAUUAAAACCUUUUAAAACGAAAGCAUCAAUACAUGUACCGAUGAAAAUAUCACGUUUUUAUCCCUCGUA